AUGAAUCCUUCUGGCCCAAUUUUCAGUUCAACAACUGGAAAUGAUCAAAUAGAUGAGUUGAAUCGAAUUUUAAUGGUAACUGCCUUGUUUUUCUUGAACUCAAUUUUUUUUAUCGAUUUUUGUUUUUCAGGUGGAGCGUGAAUUAGUUAUAAAAACUCAGGAAAAUUAUAGGAAUUUGAAGAAACAAUAUCUUGAUUUAUCAAAAGAAUAUGAUCAAUUACGAUUUUCGAAUUCGCCGCGAGGACGAGAAAAUAUUCAACAACUUGAGGAAAAAAGUGAACAAAUUUUAAGAAAUAUGCAAAAAGAUUGUGAAGAUAGAGAGGUUUGUUUCUUUUUGAUAAAUUUAAAAUUGUUAACUUUUUUAUAGAUACGAAACGAGAGAUUUAAAGUUGAAACUUUGGAAGAACUUCAGAAUGUUUUUCGAAAAGAAUUAUUUGAACAAAAUGGGCAAAUUGAAAAAUUGCGAAAUGAUAGAAAUGAUCUGGUAAAAGAAAAUGAUGAACUUUUGACUGAAAUUAUGGAUUUGAAAACUGAAAUUGAUGAUAUGAAAAGAAGAGAAAAAUCGAAAGAAGCAGAAAUGCGGAAACACUUUGAUGAAAAAUUGAAAACUAUUCUAGAUGAAACUCAAAAUAAAGUGUCACCCAGGUAACUCUUUUUCUGAUGAUUUUUCAAAAAUAAAAAUUAAUUUCCAGACUUGAGCACUAUAAUAAUGUCAUAAGUCAACUUCAAGAACAAAUCCAUUCAUUGGAAUCAAAAAUCCUAGAAAAAACACAAGAAUUCGGAAAAUGUAUAGAAGAUAAAAAUUUGAAAUUGGAGACAAAUCGAAAAACUGAAAAUGAAUUGAAAACUCGCAUUUAUGAUUUGGAAUUUGAAAUUGAAAGAUUGAAAGCUGAAAAAAUAGAGAGGAAGAAUAUUGAACAAUCUGAAGAUUCACAAAAGAAAAUAUUAAAUCAGUAA